AUGUUUAGGAUUGCCUUGUUGUCAUUCAUGUCACGGAAAUAAUUCAAGUUUCGGUAUAGUUGAAAAUCUUAUAGGAAUUUAAAUGCUACUGAAAAAUUGAAUUGAGUGAAAUCUCUGACUGUGAUAUGUUUAGUAGCUAAAUAAACACAUGUAAUUAUCCCAAAAUGAAUUUGAACAGAAAUUUUUACUUAAUAGUAUUUGUAUUAACCCAAACAAUAAGUGCGGUAUUAGCGGGACGAGAUUUUUAUAAAAUAUUAAACGUACCGAAAUCCGCUACUCUGCACGAAAUUAAGAAGGCAUAUCGAAGAUCAGCCAAAGAAUUACAUCCUGAUAAAAAUAAAAAUGAUCCUGAUGCUUCAACAAAAUUUCAAGAUCUAGGAGCUGCAUAUGAAGUACUCUCUGAUGAGGAGAAGAGAAAGAAAUACGAUCGGUGUGGUGAAGAUUGUCUUCAAAGAGAUGGUAUGAUGAAUGGUGGUGGAGGAAUGGAUCCUUUCUCCAGUUUUUUUGGGGAUUUUGGUUUCCAUUUUGGGGGCGGUGAACAGAAACAUGAGACCCCAAGGGGAGCUGAUGUUGUAAUGGAUGUAAUGGUAACUUUAGAAGAUCUUUAUUCCGGUACUUUCAUAGAAAUUACAAGAAAUAAACCUGUAAUGCGAACAGCUAAGGGAACAAGAAAAUGUAAUUGUCGUCAAGAAAUGAUAACCAGAAAUUUGGGCCCUGGUCGAUUCCAAAUGAUGCAGCAAACUGUUUGUGACGAGUGUCCAAAUGCAAAAUUAGUAAAUGAAGAACGUAAUUUAGAAAUGGAAGUUGAGCCAGGGAUGGUAGAUGGUCAAGAAACAAGGUUUACUGCAGAAGGAGAACCACAUUUGGAUGGAGAUCCUGGUGAUUUAAUAUUGAAAAUUAAAACACAACCUCAUCCUGUUUUUGAAAGGAGAGGGGAUGAUUUAUAUACAAACAUUACUCUAAGUUUACAGGAUGCCUUGACUGGUUUUACCAUGGAGUUGAAGCAUCUUGAUGGUCACAUGGUCUCUAUCACUAGGGAUAAAAUAAUUUGGCCAGGUGCUAGAAUAAGGAAGAAAGGAGAGGGAAUGCCCAACUAUUCUAAUAACCAUUUAUUUGGAACAUUAUUUAUUACCUUUGAUGUAGAGUUCCCCAAGACAGAAUUAACUGAUGAACAAAGAGAAGAUAUCAAGAAAAUUUUGAAUCAGAGUUCAAAUAAUAAAGUGUAUAAUGGACUCAGAGGAUUUUGAUGUGAUGUGUAUAAGUGAUUUCCUUCUAACUAGGGUUUAAACAAAACUGUGUUCGUAAAAAAUGUAGAAAAUUUAUUUAUUGCAAUGGACAUUCGAACUUUGUUGAUUAUUUUUUAAAUAGAUUUAUAUUCAAGACAA